UUGGCGGGGGGUAUGCUAUCUCGAGCAGCUCACCUCUUCCGUUAGUCGCUCUGUGGUGUCAAUCAGUGAGAGGUGUGCUGCUAUCUGGAACAAAAGCUCCCAUCCACCGUUCAUUUCUUUUCCAUUAAAAGAAAUUUAUCUCAAGUGUGACGUGUCCUCAGGUCCAUAAGGCAACUCACGACCAAAGAGCAAAUCACUGACAAAAUGUCCCUCACGAACGUCUUCAUUGUCUCCGCAGCACGGACACCCAUUGGUAACUUCAAUGGUUGCUUCUCGAAGCUUUCAGCCGCAGAUUUGGGUGCUGUGGCCAUAAAAGAAGUUCUCGCACGCGCUAAUGUCAAGGCUGAAGAUGUUUCCGAAGUCAUUAUGGGGCAGGCACUUACAGCUGGGCAGGGCCAGAAUCCCGGAAGACAAGCAGCUUUGGCAGCAGGAUUGCCCCUAUCGACGCCUGCUUAUGUCCUCAACAUGCUCUGUGGUUCAGGCCUAAAGAGCGUUAUGCUCGGGUAUCAGGCAAUCCUGACGGGGGAUGCGGAAAUUGUAGUUUGUGGUGGGCAAGAGAGCAUGACCAAGGCACCGCAUGUUGUGCACCUGAGGGAUGGCAUUAAAAUGGGUCCAGCUAGCCUUUUGGACACAAUGCUGCACGAUGGGCUCACAGAUGCAAACUACAAAAUCCACAUGGGUGUCACAGCAGAGAAUUUGGCUACAAAGCACGGAAUUACGCGAGAGGAACAGGAUGAACAUGCUUUGAAUUCACAGAAAUUAACGGAGGAAAGCCAGAAGAAGGGAUACUUUGACAAGGAAAUUGUCCCAGUUACCAUCAAAGAUCGCAAGGGAGUGGAGACGGUCAUUAAGCAAGAUGAGUACCCGAAGCAUGGAUCUUCAAUUGAGGAAAUGCAAAAGUUGCGUCCAGCAUUCAAUCAGACUGGAACUGUUACAGCUGGCAAUGCAUCGGGAAUCAAUGAUUCCGCCGCUGCUGUCCUCAUAAUGAGUGAGAAGCAGAUGAAGAGUCGCAACUUGAAGCCUCUCGCAAGGAUUGUGGGUUUCGCUCAUGGUGGUGUGGAUCCACGAGAGAUGGGAGAGGGUCCCAUACCAGCUGUUAAUGCCCUCUGCGCUAAAACUGGAUGGAAUAAGCAUGAAGUUGAUGUAUUUGAGCUCAAUGAGGCAUUUGCUGCUCAAGCCAUUGCUGUCCAGAGGGGACUGGAGCUUGAUGCUAAAAAGAUCAACAUUCACGGUGGAGCCAUUUCUCUGGGACAUCCAAUUGGAGCAUCCGGAUGCCGUGUUCUUGUAACUCUUCUCUACGCCAUGGAGCGUAUCAAUGCUAAACGAGGUAUCGCUUCUCUGUGCAUUGGAGGCGGAAUGGGAAUCGCCAUUGCCGUGGAGAGGUCAUAAGUCAAAGUGGUCUGUGUGACCUGUAUUACCAUUUUCUUUUUAAAAAAAGUGUCUUUUAAAAUUUCAAUAUGUACGGUGUGAGAUAUUUAUAUAUAUUUGUUAUAUUGCUA